CCAAAUAAAUACAGAUACGCCCUAAACUUCAAAUCCCUCCCCUACCAAACCCACUGGACCGAACUCCCCACCGUUCGAAAACACCUCAACGCCGCCCCAAACCGCACCUUCAGCAACGGCCAACCAUUCUACACCCUCCCCAUCAUCCACGACCAAUCCACGAACCAUCGGCGAUUCGUUCGACAUAGCGGUCUACUUGGAUGAAAUAUACCCAAACGGUUGAAGGGUUUCCCGCCGAAGACGAUAGCUCUGCAAGCAGCGUUCAAUAAACAGGUAGAUUUACUGUUCAUGGAGUUUUUAUGUUUGUUUGUGCACGGAUUGCCGUUUAAUCCGGUCACGGCGGAGAAGUCGAAAGCGGAGUUUGUGAGGAGGGCGGGGAAGAAGUGUUGGGAGGAGUUGACGGUGAGGGGGGAGGAGCCGGUGUAUGCGGAUUUGGUGGUGGGAGGGUGGUUGAAGUGUUUUGAGGUUGCGUUGAAGGAGUGGGAGGUUGUGAGGGUGUGGCAUGGGGGGUUGUGGGGGAUGUUGGUGGCGGGGUUGGAGAGGUUUGCGGUGGUUGUGUAGGUGGUUGCAUGGAUGGGAUGGAUGGAUGGGGUUUGGUGGGGGGUUGUUCUUGGGUGUGGAGUAUUGGGGGAUUGUAUUUAUACUGUUGUGUUA